GGAGUGAUCUGACAAGUGUCAUGAACAUCAUUGACUCCCCAACAGCUCAUUAAUCAGAGACCAUGUAUAAUGUGAAACAGGAACAGGGCCUUUCUUGGCCUCCUCUCCUUUUGGCUCCAGUCUCUUGGCCAUAAUGGUUUCAUCAUAAUGUUUCAGUACGGUCAGGUCGACUUGAUCCCCUUGACCCUGCAAAAUGAACAUCUGUUCUCAGGACAAAUAGCCACCACUACCACACCCAGCUCAGGUCCUCUUACACGUUCCCUUUUCACCUAUUUGUUUCCCUGUGUUUCCUAAGGUGAGGAGUGUGAAUGUGUGUGUGUGUGCGUGUGUGGUGGUGGUCAUGGUGGUCGUGAUUCCCUGAGGUUGGGGCUUUCCAGCCAAUUCAGCGAUUUCCCAAAACUCUAUUCCCCUUCCCUUUUUUUUCUCUCUCACCCAUCCCACUCAGCACUCCUCCCCUCAUAUGCUUCUCGCUUGUUGGGAGUAAGUCAAUUGCACAGGAUCUGUGUUGAGAUGUAUCUCUGGAAGCUAUCACCUGACCCCCUGCACUGAGGUUUUACGCAGCAAUAGAUGGCAGUAGUUGGAGGAAAUGUCACCGCAACUUGUAACUUUGGACACUUUGGUCUACAAUCAGAAAUGAUGACACUGAUGUUCUCCUGAAGGAUUUUCUUCACCAGCAGCUUUUGUGAUCAGUGAGGCAUGUGAUUAUGAUGGUUUGAGCAAUGUGUGCUAUAUUCAUAGAAAAAGAAUGUUAGUGUGUGUCAAUUUGUUUGUGAUGGGUUGGACAGUGCAGUGAGAGGAUAAAAUGUUCCUUGGGGUUUACCUAAACCCUGAGUUAAUGGCACAACCACAGUAAUUGUCUCCAGAUGUUUGAGAGCACAGUCUGAUUACUUACUUAAGGCCAAUGACCAUCAACCUCCUCGCAAUAUAACUUAAUCUUUGCUCUUUCUACAGUGCUCAAGUUAAUGCUUAAUCUAAGUACAUACCUUUAAUUCCUAAGGCCAAGCCUUGUUUAGGGGAGGAAGGUUACUUUCACAUGAACAGAUCAGUCAUUUCGGACCGGAGGCAUACAAGCUCUUAGACUCAACCAGACAAGCAACAGGACCUUCAGGAACUGAAGCAGCUACCAUGCCCAGAAAUUCUUUCAUAUCCAAGGCUGUUGCCUCUGCCUUUGUGAUCCUGACCAUCUCUGCCAUUGCUGGCAUGAUUACCAUGGUCAUUAUGUACAAGAGGGAGAUCGAACCACUGAAUCCAACGGAGCGUCCAACUAUGGCCACCACCACCCCAAGUCCACCUCCAGUCAUGCGGCUGCCGAAGAAUCUCAUUCCUUACAGUUACAAGAUAUCGCUACGGCUGCGCCUGUACACCCGAAUCAUUGAGGAAGUAAAUGUCACUAGUCCCAACCAGACAUUGCAAUUCAGUGGAAGCUCUAUAGUUAACUUUGAUUGUGUCCAGAGUACUACAACCAUCUUCCUCCACAGCAAGGACCUGUUCAUCUAUCCAAAUGCACAGGUGAUGAACAUAAAAACCGAAAAGACAAUACAUGUACUUAAAAUGAUAAACCACAAAGACUCAAGUGACUUCCUCGAGAUUCAGUUGGGUGAAACAUUGGUACAAGAGGAAAGCUACAGUUUGCUUCUGAAUUUUAUGGGAAAAAUAUCAGAAAAUCUUGAUGGGCUCUAUUUAAGCACCUACCAUGAAGGUAAACCAGAUAAAGAGAGAUUCCUUGCUGCUACCAGUAUGGAGCCAACAUACGCCAGGAGAGUGUUUCCGUGUUUUGAUGAGCCAGAAAUGAAGGCUGUCUUUGAUGUCACCAUCAUCCACAGGCGAGACACGACAGUUCUAGGAAAUGAGAAAAUAUCAGUCUCCAAUAUCAUAGACGAUGACUGGCAAUACACAACAUUUUAUCCGACACCGAAGAUGUCAACGUACUUGUUUGCCUUCACGGUUUCAGAGUUCACACCAACAGCCUCCACACAUGGACGUGUGGCUAUUAAUACGUAUGCUCGUCCUGAGGCCACUGCAGCAGGACAUGCCGCAUAUGCAGCCAACAUCACCUCAAAAAUUCUCACAUUCUAUGAGAAUUAUUUUGAAAGUAAUUACCAACAGAAAAAGCUAGAUCAAAUUGCACUUCCAGACUUAAAUUCUGCAGCAAUGGAAAACUGGGGACUGAUCACAUAUGAGGAGGGCGUUCUGCUCUAUGAGGAAGGAGUUUCCUCACAGUUGCACAAGCACUUGAUCGCCACUGUCGUAGCACAUGAGCUGGCACACCAGUGGUUUGGAAAUUUGGUGACAAUGAAAUGGUGGAACCAAAUUUGGCUGAAUGAAGGCUUUGCCAGCUACAUGACAUAUUUAGCAGUGGAUCAUGCUGAGCCCACAUUUAAAUUGAAAGACAUAUUAAUCAUGAGGGAUCUCCAUACAGCGCUUGAGGCGGAUGCUCUGACUUCGUCCCACCCUCUCAGUCCUCAGGAGGAUGUUGUUGAAACUACUGAUGAGAUCCUUGCAAUGUUUAAUGCUAUAACCUACUGUAAGGGGGCAAUGGUGUUGAGAAUGCUGUCAGACAUCAUCGGAGAAAGCGUUUUCCACAAAGGGAUCAAAUUGUACCUGUCAGACUUUAAGUAUAACAACACUGACCAGAGAGACCUCUGGAAUUGUAUGCAAAAGGCUGCAACUGAGGAUGGUAGUCACAUUAAAAUUGCUGAGGUGAUGAAGACUUGGACCAAUCGAACUGGCUAUCCUGUUAUCACCAUCAACACGAAGAAUGGAGAAAUCUACCAGAAUCGCUUCCUAUUUGAUGACUCUUCUGAAUCUAGUUUUUUUUGGGAGAUUCCAAUCAGAGUCAAGUCAAAUACAACUGAACCUUCCUUUAUUUGGCUGAGAACCAGAGGACCAGAAAAGAAAAAUGAAUUAAUUUCUAAGAGUGGAGAGUGGAUCCUGGCAAACGUCAACUGCAAUGGAUACUACAGAGUAAAUUACGAUCCAGAGAACUGGGGCCGCCUCCUGACUCAGCUGGAAACACACCAAGAUAGGAUCCCGCUGAUGAAUAGAGGGCAGCUUAUUGACGAUGCAUUUAAUUUGGCUAGGGCCAAACUUGUUGAUGUGACUCUGGCUCUGAAUUCUACCCGCUACCUUCAGAAUGAGACAGAGUACAUUCCCUGGGAAUCAGCAGUCAGGAACCUUGAGUAUUUUGUCCACAUGUUUGACCGCACAGAAGUUUAUGGCCCUAUGCAGGCAUACCUCCGGCAGCAGGUUAAGGGCCUGUACAACUUCUUCAGCAACUACACGUACAAGUCAGGGGACCAGUCCUUACAGUACAACCAGAUCAACAUCAUAGACGUGGCAUGUUCCAAUGGACUCCCAGAAUGCAUAACCAUGGCUUCAAAUAUGUUUGCCAACUGGAUGAACAGCAACACCUCCACUAACCACAUAGAGCCCAACCUGCGAACAGUAAUCUACUGCCAAGCUGUGGCUGCUGGAGGGGACGAAGAGUGGGAGUUUGCCUGGAACAAGUUUCAGAGCUCCAGAGACACCUCGGAAAAAGACCAGCUCCGUCAAGCUCUGUCUUGCACCACAAAAAUUUGGCUGCUAAACAGAUACCUGGAGUACACUUUGGACCCUGAGAAGAUACGUCUGAUGGAUGUUUCCUCCACUAUUAACGACAUAGCAAAUAAUGUGGCGGGGCACGCACUAGCUUGGAACUUUAUCAGAGCAAACUGGGAUUACGUGAGUCAGGGGGAUGCAGCGAUGUUGAUCGAGGGUGUGACCAGCAGGUUCUCGAAAAAGUUUGAACUGGAGGAGCUGGAGCGUUUUUCCAAGGACUAUAAUCUGGGUUCUGCUGCCUGGGCGGUGAACCAGGCCAUAGAACAAACCCAAGUCAACAUCCAGUGGGUCAGCGACCACAAAGAUGUUAUACUGAAGUGGUUUCAAAGAGAAACUGCUUCGUAGAGUACACCACCUUUCACUGUUUCAGAGCCUCUUGGACCAAUUGUGCUGGUCGUUUUCCACUUCUGCUGCCGAUUACUCGGAAGACUCCACCACUUCUCCACUACAUCCACUUCGACAACAAUAACAUAUCAAGACGGAAUCUCACUUUGCCAGGAAAAUGGACCGGAGAAAUAAUCAUCAGACAAUUUACCAAACUGAACUGUGAUUUGUCCCAUAUAAGACUGAUGGCACUGACAAUAUAUGGGAGGAAUGUGGCACUUAAGAACAAAGUGAAACACAACAGAGUAUGUACUCAUAUGCAUUAUUUAUACAGUAUAGCCGAUGCAGACAGUCAAAGUAACAGGAUUCUGAGUGCCGUUUCUGAUCUUUGCACAUUAUGCUGAUGCAGCAUCAGUCAACUUUUAAGUAUAGUUGUGUGUUCCUGUUGCUGAAAAUGAUUAUAUAAUGAAGACUUAUUAAACUAACAAACUAACUAAACUUAAACUUACAAAUCAAAAUGUUACUUUUUGUUUGCGUUAUUUACUGUGGAAAAGUUAUUCAAUUGACAUAUUUAAUCUCUUAGAAAACAUGAAUUUAGAAGAAAAACAGAGACAUUUAACACAAGUUGAUCAAUUAAAACAGCUAGUAUAAUAGCUAUAAAACAAUAUAUCAGUGUUUUGAUGAUCCACACCAGCUUUUAAACAUUUGUGCAAGUCAGAGCCUAAGGGCAGGAUCUCGUUUGUUAUGGGGAACAUGUGUAUAAUACAUGUGUAUAAUACUGUACAUGUUGUUAUCAAGGAACCAAAUUAUUCUUGAAUGUUGCUAAAAUUGUUAUUUUUAAUAAUAAAUAGAAUAAUAUUG